CCACCACCAAUCCGCAAGAAUACCGGAAAAACAAAGGUUAUUUGGCUUCUUAUCGAAACUACCUAGGCAUUGGAAGAAGUUCGAGCGCAAUCCUUUUACUUGCACAGCACAUAGGUAUCUUCAAACCGCGUGGCGCGUUCCACCAGCUCCUGGACAGUUUAUGGUACACGGCACCAUUGAGAGGAAUAGGUCUGGAAAAUGCAGGAACAGGAGAAAGCGGAGUGGACUGAGAAGUCAGUUGGCAUCAGAGCAGAAUUGAAGAUAUGGGAGAGAACUUUUGCUGCGGAAAACAAUGGACAGAAAGCUUCGCGCGAAGAUAUCAAAAAGCACCCGGAAAUUGGUACCCCUCACCAGAUUCUUAUGUCCCAAGGAUACAGGCUGACAAAAUCUAGCUGCCAAAUAUAAAGAAUACAACAAACUGAGAGAUAUCAUCUCAGGGAAAAUCCCACCUCCUAAACUAGAACCGCUUCACCAAACCCCUAAGAAGCGGAAAUACGAAGGAAGAGAAACCAGUUCCUCGAAGCGGCAGAUAAUACAGACUCCCUCUCGAGGUGUAAUAAAUCCAUGGGACGUGGACCCAUACGACUCACCAUCUGUUGUUCGGAAUCUAUUUACACCAUUGAAGAGAACUGCUAUUGGUCCAACACCACAAAAAGACGGACAAGUUUUGGGUUUAUUUGAUCUUCUGGCAGAAGACGUCUCGCCCUCCAAAAGUGAUACUGGCAAGAAUGGAACGGCACCACCUAUACAAGCUACACCCCGGAGGUCAAAGUCACAUCAGGAUAUAUCUCUCAAACCUCGUAGGACUCCGGCUUCCACAUCAAAACGACGUAUGCUGGACGCUUUUGCGACUCCUUUAAAGAACCGAGACCUCAAUGGACAAGGAUCCAAAACACCAUCAUCGGUUUCUAAACUUCACUUUGCGACUCCAUCUUUUCUUCGAAGGGAUAGUCAACGAAUACAUUUACCACCUGUUGACGAAAACGAACAAGGUCCAAUCUCACCGCAAAUGGUCAGACUCCCACGCAAGCCCUAUGUAAGAGGUUUGAGUAGUAUUCUGGCUGGUCUCAGAAAACAGGAAGACGAUGUAGCAGAUGAAGAACUCGAUAUCCUCCGAGAAAUGGAAAUGGAAAUGGAGAACAAACCAGCACCAGGAAAAGGCAACCCAAAACCAGCUCCCAAAGCAGUCCCUAAACCUAUACCAGCAAACAUCACCGGAGAUGAAAUCUUAGUAGCAGACAGCCAACCCGGAUUCCCACUAGGAGGAUUUGACGACGAAGCACAAUUCGAUUCCAAUCCAGAAGAAGAAACCACAAACCUAGACCGCAAUGGCCAGCCCCUUAAGGUCUACAAAAAGAAAGGUCAAAAACGCACAACCAGACGCGUAACCAUGAAGCCCACACGUACAAAGCCCUCCAGCAAGGCACCCGCCGACUUCGACAGCGACGACGAGCUAGCUGGUCACCACCCCUCAGAUACAAUUCCCGAAACUCAAAACGCAAAUCCGGAUGAAGGAGAAGGAUUUGCAGACUCGGCAAGAAACUUCGCUUCCGAUGAUGAACAAUCUGAGUACACUGCCUCUGAGGGGGGCACGAGGUAUAGGAGACCGAAUCAGACGAAAUCAAAGGUUAUGGGGAGGGAUGGGAAGAUUAGGAGAGUUGCGAAGAAGGUUACUGCUGCGGCGCAUCAGAAUUUUAAGAGGUUGAAGUUGAGGAACUCGGGGGCGAAGGGGGGUGUGGCUCAUAAUAGUCGGUUUAGGAGGAGGAAGUAAAGGCUGAUUGGCGCAAAUCAGGGCCCAGUAGAUUGAUGACGGUUCAUUGACGAAGUAUGAAGUAACGAGACGAGGAUUUUUAUACUCGAGUAUUGGGAUUUGUCUGAUGUGA